GUGUGCAUCGACUCCGUAAUUUUUUUAAAGUGGGUGCGUUCGUGCGUGUUCUCACGCCAGCUCGGAUUAGGCUCUACCAACACGUGUAACAAAUGCGCGGUACUACAGUGCCUUUAUAAUAAUAUUGGAAAAGGGCAAUAAGACUGUGUAACUAUGGGGUGCAGUGCGAGAUUCUGUUUACUGACUCUAUCCUUGUGCCUUGUGACUGAACUUGCAUUUGGUGUGAGAGUGCUACCCAAGCGGAAAAAAGAAGCAAUCCCGGAUGAUCAAUCGACGUCAGCGUCAUGGUGGCAAUCGGGAACAGCGACGCCUUUCCGGGAUAAUAGUAAUUCAUUCGCUUCUACACACGGACUCGUUCAAACACACCCGACCGGCAGUGAUCCGUUUAACACGUUUGGUUCAGUCGAUAGCACAAUCGGGCCAUCAGCAAAUCCCUUCGUGCCAACAAGCGGCAGCGGUCCGCUUAGUGGUGCCAGCUUCAGAAGUAAUCCGUUGCCUCCUUUGGCGAGAACCGCGAAUGGAAAAUUGUCUCUGAAACAUUUGGAUUUCACGAGCAGCGCUACAGCUGAGCUUAGAAGAAAUCCCGCAUUGUCAGCCCCUGACGAGUGCGCAAGAGCAUGCAGGGAAAAUGAACCACCAAGAAUUUGUUACUAUCAUUUCACCCUGGAAUUCUACACCGUUUUGGGAGCGGCUUGCCAAGUAUGUACACCUAACGCAACCAACGUAGUUUGGUCGCAUUGCCAGUGCGUAUUAGCGGACGGAGUCGAACGUGGUAUCUUAUCUGCUAACAGAAUGUUGCCUGGUCCUUCUAUACAAGUUUGUGAAAAUGACAAAGUAGUUAUCGAUGUAGAAAAUCACAUGGAAGGUAUGGAAGUUACCAUUCACUGGCAUGGAAUCUGGCAGCGAGGCUCUCAAUACUAUGAUGGCGUGCCAUUUGUUACCCAAUGUCCUAUCCAACAAGGAAACACUUUCAGAUACCAAUGGCAAGGUAACGCUGGUACUCACUUCUGGCAUGCUCACACUGGUCUACAGAAAUUGGAUGGUUUAUAUGGAAGUAUAGUCGUUCGUCAACCACCAUCCAAAGACCCCAACAGUCAUCUGUAUGAUUAUGAUUUGACGACUCACGUUAUGUUGCUCAGUGAUUGGCUCCACGAGGAUGCCGCUGAGAGAUUCCCUGGUCGUCUAGCUGUUAACACUGGUCAAGACCCCGAGAACGUGCUUAUUAAUGGAAAAGGGCAAUUUAGAGAUCCUAACACUGGAUUUAUGACGAACACACCUCUUGAAGUUUUUACCAUUACACCUGGCAGAAGAUACAGGUUCAGAAUGAUUAAUGCCUUUGCUUCAGUUUGCCCCGCCCAAAUUACAUUCGAGGGUCAUAAUCUGACAGUAAUAGCGACCGACGGAGAGCCGGUGCAACCAGUUAAAGUUAACACAAUCAUCUCGUUCUCCGGUGAACGUUACGAUUUUGUCAUCGAAGCGAACAAUAACCCUGGUGCGUAUUGGAUUCAAGUACGUGGACUUGGAGAGUGUGGUAUUAAACGAGCUCAACAACUUGGUAUACUUCGUUAUGCUAGAGGACCCUAUCAACCAUCUUCCACUCCACCAACCUACGAUGUGGGAAUACCACAAGGAGUCGUAAUGAACCCCUUGGAUGCGAGAUGUAACAUUCGCAGAAACGAUGCUAUUUGCGUCAGCCAACUUAAAAAUGCACGAAACAUUGACCCCGCGAUUUUACAAGAGAGACCUGACGUCAAGAUCUUCUUGCCAUUCCGUUUCUUCGCCUACAGACCGGAAAUGUUAUUCCAACCGAACACGUACAACAGAUACUUAGUUGCACCACAAGGGGAUCAUGUAAUUAGUUUAAUAGACGAAAUCUCGUAUAUGUCGCCACCUGCUCCUCUUAUCAGUCAAUUUGACGACAUUAAUCCCGAUCAGUUCUGUAACGGUGACAACAGACCUGCUGACUGCGGCCAAAACUGCAUGUGCACACACAAAGUGGAUAUUCCUCUUAACGCUGUUGUAGAAGUCGUAAUGGUAGAUGAAGUACAAAUCGCCAACUUAUCUCAUCCGUUCCACUUACACGGAUACGCAUACAAUGUUAUUGGUAUCGGCCGAUCACCAGACCAGAACGUUAAGAAAAUUAAUUUGAAACACGCUCUCGAUCUUGAUAGAAGAGGUUUGCUCGAACGUCAUUUGAAACAAGGUGAUCUCCCUCCAGCAAAAGAUACGAUAGCUGUUCCCAACAACGGCUACGUCAUUGUCCGUUUCAGAGCCAACAAUCCUGGAUUCUGGCUUCUUCAUUGCCACUUCUUGUUCCAUAUCGUCAUCGGCAUGAACGUCGUUCUUCAAGUAGGCACUCACGCAGAUCUUCCUCCAGUCCCUCCCAACUUCCCGACAUGCGGAGACCAUCUUCCUCCUAUCAACUAAAUCUGUUCCUAGAAACAUUUGACAGUUUUCGUACCGUAAUGUGCGCGACAAUUGGUAAAGCAGUUGAUUUUUAUGUUAACUAAGUCUAAUUUUAUGUUUGUUUUGUGUGAUGUGUUCGGUAGACUCGAAGUGCUCGACUCUGCCUUUUGUGUUUAUUUUAUAUUCGAAUGUUUCCACUGGAGUUCGUGCUAUUUUGUGAUUUUAUUUAAAGAUAAUAAUAAUAAUUUCUGAGUGAAUUUCAGUUAAAUCUUAUGUCUUAUUUGGUGAUACCCUAUAAAGGUUGAUAUAUCACUUUAAAUAUCACAGUUGAGGCUCUUACUUGUACAACGACAUUUUAUGUACAAUUUUUAUAUUAUAUAUGAGCGUAUAUGUUAUGUAACUAACGACUUGCCAUUUAAUUUUUCACCAAGGAUAUUUAUUGCGUGUAUAUAUUUAAAUUUUAUUGUUGCCCAAAAAUGAGCCAUCCUUAAGUAUUUUCGUAAAAUCUCCAUGUUAUUUAUGUACUAAAAUAUAUAACAUACUUAAUUCGUAAAACAUUUUCUUUAACAAAGAAUAUUACAGGGUGGCUUGGUUUUCUUGGCGACUAUCUUAUAUAAAUUUAGAUAUUUAAGUUCUCCCAGUUACUAACUUACCCAGAAUUGCAUGAAACACAAUUAGGACAUGUAAAUAUUUAGUAAAAACUCCAAUACUUGUAAAUACACAUACAAAUAUACCGGUUGGUUUUUAAACAGAUGCACGGCACCCAAUGAAGACUGUUUAUAACCAUUAAUAUAAAUAAGUAAACAAAAUGUUACCAUACGCAGUUACCACUAUUAAUUUAAGAAGACAUAAAAAAUCAAUGCAUAUGCAAAUAAUGUCGAAACCACUUAAUCAUAGCAAAUUAAUAAUUAAUUAGCUGUGAUACAAAAAAAUAUAUUUUAAUACGAAGUGAAAAAUCAUCUAUAACAUUAAUUA